AAAAUAUCAGUGAAGAUUAAGAUUAUCUAAAACUAGAUACUCAUUCAUUGAGUUAUCAUAAAAUAUAUUGGCGAUAAACUAAACUCAGCCAUCAUUCCGCUUCAGAGAGCCAGACACGAUGUUGCGGACUACUUUGUUGAUUAUCGCCUGCCUCCAAUCAACUUCGCUGCUGGUUGACUCCGCGAGGAUAUUAGGUAUAUUUCCUAUACCGUCUUUAAGUCACCAAGUUGUAUUCAGGGCGCUGAUGCUAGAAUUGGCUAAGCGUGGCCAUGAACUUGUCAUUAUAACGCCAAAUCCUGCCCUCGCAAAAGACAGGCCACAAGACAAUGUCACAGAAAUCGACACUGGUCAAGCCUACGAGCUUAUAGCAGAAAUGAUGAAGCAAGCAGCAGGAUUGAAUCAGUUCAAGAGAGGUGUCGUGAUGGACGCGGACGCUAUGAUCAGCAUGGAUUCAGCGGAGGGAAUACUACAACUAGUAUCGUUUCAAUUUGAGUUUCCCGAAGUGAAAAAACUCUUAGAAGAUAAGAGCCAAAAAUUUGAUCUAGUGUUUGUUGAAGGUAUCUCAAAUUAUGCAUUAAUAGUGUCUCAUAUAUUUAAAGCCCCAGCUAUUCUUUUCUCUUCAUUUUAUGGGUUUCCCGAACACUUAGAAACGAUGGGAGCAGUAUCGUGGCACCCAAUUUAUUACCCUAAUUUCUAUAGAAACAAAUAUAAAAAUCUUACGAUCUGGGAAAAAAUUAAAGAAACUCAUUUAGAAUACAAGAUUUACCAAUUGGUUAAAAAAACUCAACAAUUUGAAGAUGCAAUGCUUAAGAAAAAUUUUGGACCUGAUGCACCAACAAUUGCGGAUCUAAAGAAAAACGUACAAAUGCUCUUUUUGAAUUCACACCCUAUAUUUAACAACAAUCGUCCUGUUCCACCGAGCAUAAUACAUUUAGGUGCGCUACAUUUGCAACCACCGAAAGACAUACCACAGGAUUUAAAAUCUUACCUGGACAGUUCGACUCGUGGGGUGGUGUACGUCAGUUUUGGUACAAAUGUGCGACCGUCACAGAUGGACGAAGAUCUACUUGAUGCAUUUCUGGACGGCUUUGAAGCUUGUCCAUAUGACAUUUUAUGGAAGUUUGAUGGCGACAACUUAAAAAGAAUUCCUAAAAACGUCAAGAUACAAAAAUGGUUCCCGCAAAGAGAUAUGUUAUUCCACAAAAACAUUAAGGCCUUCGUGACUCAAGGAGGUUUACAGUCAUCCGAUGAGGCUAUAGACGCUGCUGUGCCUCUUGUGGGAAUUCCAAUGUUGGGAGAUCAGUGGUACAAUGUUAACAAGUACGUGGAACUUGGGAUUGGAGAGCAACUAGACGCCCUCACACUGACAGCAGAUAUCCUGACUAGUACAAUUAAAAAAGUGAUAGAAAACAAGGGAUACAAAGAAAACAUGGUGCGUGUGCGAAAUUUAAUGAAAGACCAGCCGCAGACUCCCUUGGAACGCGCGGUGUGGUGGACUGAGCACGUGCUGAAGCACGGCGGCCAGCACCUGCGGGCGCCGACGUUCAACAUCACUUGGAGCGAGUACUUCAUGACGGAUGUCAUGUUAACACUACUUAGUGUUCUCGCCGCUCUAAUAACUAUUGUGUUAUUUCUGUCUUGUAAACUCUGGAGAGCGAUUAAGGGACCCGUAAAGGUGAAACAAAGUUAAUCUAAGAAUAUUUCCACUAAAAUGUGUUCAUUUAGGAUAUUAAGUACUUACUCUUUACUAUUUGUUUAUAUUAAGCUAAGUGUUAAUGUUUAGAUGCUUUUAAAAUGGAGAAAUGUGUUUUAUGAAUUAUAGAAAGCUGCAAAAUGACACGACGUAAGUAAUAGAAGAAAUGUUAGUAUUAAUAAAGCGAAUGCUAUUGUGAUGUGUAUACUAAAUACUGAUAUUAGCGGCCUAGCGAGAAGCGAUGCUAUUUUUAAAGAAUUUAAUGUGAACGAAAGCAAUUUUUUCCUUAUUAGUGGAACAUAUUGUAUGUUAUGUUAAACCUUGCUUAAUCAAUGUAUACGUGUUAUCGGGAACAAUACUAACUACUAACAUUGCUGUAUUAUGAAGCUUUAAAUGUUACCCUAUAAUUAUAUAUCUGUGCGAGUCUUUGGUACUAAUAAAUUAAAACCAAAA